CAGGGGUUUCCUUCCCAGCGAAUCAAGGGCUUUCCAUCCUCCGCGCAGAAAAAAAGGCGAGUUCCCACGCACACCGUUCCUUUAGCCACGGACGACCCCUCCAGGCUGUACAUUAAAAGCCAGGUUCCGGUGUGACAUGCACCAUGCGUAUUUACUGACUCCUGCGUUGGAUCAACGGCCUGCAUUCUAGUCAUUUUCAUCUCAAUUUCUCGACAAGUGACCGAGAAGGAGAGGCUGCUCUGGAUUCUCAGAAUGUAUUAGUGCUGCCAUGACUGACACGGUGAUGAGCAGUAGCUCAGAUCGCUGGGUGCCCAACGACAUGCAGAAAACCAUGCACGCUAGUGAUAAAGACCAGGGCAAUUGGACCAUGCAACCUGGCCCUGGUCCUGGAUCUGCACCAGACCUUACAGAUGAAGAAAAAGAAAUCAUAAAUGGUGUGAUAGCACGAGCUGAGAAAAUGGAGGCCAUGGAGCAAGAGAGGAUCGGGCGCUUGAUAAACCGCUUGGAUGAUAUGAAGAAGACAGUGUGUGGGGAUGGACUGUCUCGUUGCGUGCUUUGUGGGGAGCAGCUGGGCACACCUGGGGUCAGUUCAGUGGUGUGUGAGGACUGCAAAAAGAACAUGUGUACUAAAUGUGGUACCCAGUGUGGCAGCAGGCCCCGUGCUGUGUGGCUCUGCAAGAUCUGCAGAGAACAACGUGAGGUAUGGAAGAGGUCUGGCGCCUGGUUCUUUAAAGGAUUCCCUAAACAAUUCCUUCCUGCACCCAUGCCAUUAUCUAAACCGAAAGACCAACGUGCCCAGGAAGAAGCCUCUAAACCUGAGGAGGCAACUUCGCAACAAGAACCUGGUCAAAGUCAGACGCAGACUCCUGAACCUAACAACCAAGUGUCAGGAACAGAACCGAAGGGCCGUGCUGGUUACCCACCUGUGGCCCCCAAACCAUCAGUUGUGCGCAUGGCCACCGGCAAUGCUGGCCCUGAAGAGGCGGAGCAUGGAAGCCCGGUGGUGAUGAAGCGAAUGGUGCCCGUUCAAAGCUCCAGACCGCAGCCCGUUGUGUCGUCCUCAAUGAAUCUGCAGGGUCAGCUGGGACGUGAAGGAGCCGCUUACUCUUCUGGUGCAGUCCCUUCAGAGCCGAGAGCACCUCCUGCUGUACGAGAGGACAGAAGGCAGCCCGCUGCUUACAGUGCUCCUCCUGCUCGACAUCAACCUCCCCCUGCGGCGGAGGAAGAGGAGGCCAACGACUAUGACUCUGAUGAAGCCACCACUCUGGGCUCUCUUGAAUUCAGUCUGAUGUAUGACCAGGAAAGCAACAGCCUUCAUUGUAGCAUCCUCAAAGCAAAGGGCUUGAAACCAAUGGAUUCAAAUGGAUUGGCAGAUCCUUAUGUCAAGCUUCAUCUGCUGCCAGGGGCUAGCAAGUCAACAAAGCUGCGCACAAAGACCCUGAGAAACACCCGCAACCCUGCUUGGAAUGAGACGCUCACCUAUCACGGCCUGACAGAUGAUGACAUGCAGCGCAAGACCCUUAGGCUAUCUGUCUGCGAUGAGGACAAGUUUGGGCACAAUGAGUUCAUUGGGGAGACCCGUGUGGCACUGAAGAAGCUGAAAUUGAACCAGAAGAAAAAUUUUAACGUGUGUCUGGAGAGAGUUGUUCCAACAAAGAGAACGGCAACAGCCGGUGGAGCUCGAGGCAUAGCUCUCUAUGAAGAUGAGUCCGGAAAAGACGGCGGUGAGGCAGAAGAACGUGGUCGCAUUCUUAUCUCCCUCAUGUACAGCACUCAGCUGAACCGCCUACUUGUAGGUGUAGUGCGCUGCGUUCAUUUGGCUGCGAUGGAUGCCAAUGGAUAUUCUGACCCCUAUGUCAAAAUAGUUCUGAAACCUGACAUGGGGAAGAAGGGCAAGUGCAAAACUCAGAUCAAGAAAAGGACGUUAAACCCAGAAUUUAACGAGGAAUUCAGCUUUGAUAUCAAACACAGUGAACUGGCUAAGAAGACUUUAGACGUCUCAGUGUGGGAUUAUGAUAUUGGAAAGUCCAAUGACUAUAUUGGGGGCUGUCAGCUGGGCAUCACUGCCAAAGGAGAGAGGCUAAAACACUGGUAUGAGUGUUUGAAGAACAAAGACAAGAAGAUUGAGCGUUGGCACACCUUGUUGAAUGAGAAUCACACUGCUAGUGAUUAACUAUCUGUUACAAACACAGCAUGCGCUAGAACAACCCCAACCUUAUUGGUCUAUAUUUCUUUCCCUGUGCAUCUUUUAUAUAUUGCCUGGUUUUUAUUAUGUAUUAUUUCACUACUUGAUGCAGGCACUGCUCUCAUGCCUCGUCUUUGUCAGUGUAUUAUCUCCCUGUGCUGACCUAAUUAACCUCUGAGCAACAGAGAAAAGCAUAAAGAUAUAUUUCUUGUUUUAAAAAAUCAUUUAGGACGAUUAAGUCAAUUGAAGAUAAUCACAUUUUUCAUAGGACAAGACCUUUUAGACCAUUCUACAUGUCCAAAUUUGUAUCAUCAGUUUGGGAAAGGCCAUUUUCUGCUUCAGAAUGGUUUUGCCCAAGUGCACAAUGCGAGAUCGAUACAUUCUCAACAUGGUUGGAUAAAUCUUGUUUGGUAUAACUUAUACAGAAUUGUAACUUAAAUCUCUGCAAACGCUUUUAAGAACCGAGAUAACGAGUCGUCGUGCUAUCUUUCAGGCUCAACAUUAGAAUAUUUGUGGGAUGAGAGAUCACUAAUUGCAUGUUCUCAUUUUGUGGACAAAAUCUCUCAAGGACACUCUCCAAUCUUACAAGGAGAGUCGGUUCAAAGUGAGAAGCAAUUAUUUUUUUCUAUCAUUUUAAUUUGGGCACAGCGGUCGUCCAGCCACAUUACCCCUUACCCCCCAUAUAAUGGACUAUGGUCAACAAUAGAGUAUUUAUUUAUCAAAAACAAACUCCAGGGUAAAAGAAAAAAGGAAAAUCUCCGUCUACACCUGUGGCCUUUCCUCACCAAACAAAUGCUGGCAUUCAAGUGCAUGUCACAUGAACAGUUGUUGCUAUAACCCUAAACUAUAUGCCUACAAACCACCCAAAAGCAUGGCAAAAUGAGAAAAAGGUCAGCAAAAAUUAAGUAAAACAUUCAGCUUCAAUGAAAUAGAUUAGCAGAAACGUCUGUAUUUAUGUGAACCUAACCAGUGAUUUCAUUAAUGUAUCCACGAAAUAUCGACAGUUGCACAAAUGUAGAGUGAUAUAUUGAACCCAAGACAUUGAAUAAUGUGUUGAACAAGAAAAGCAAUAUGUCGUAGCACCGGAGGUCACUACUGAGGCUCCUAAAAGCAGAGAACUCACGCCUAAACAUCACAAUGUCGAGCGUAUUUUGCUAUCUGGUGUGAUGUCACACCUGAGAUUAACACUUGAAUAUACUUUACGAGCAUGCCAAACCAUUGACGUGUAAAACAACGAUGAACAUAAUGUAUAUACUACCGGUAACCAUGAAGAAAUGUUUACAUACCGAUACAUAGCUCAGGUUAGGUUAGAAAUGUGAAAUACAAUUUAGUUGACACGAGUAUUUGGAUCUUUCACCAAUUGAUGUUAAUUUGUGGUUUGAUUAGAGCACACAGAGGUAAAUAUUCGAUGUAUGUAUGUGUGGUUAUUUAAUCUGUGAAACUUCGGUUUAUGGUAAUUAACACUCAUACUGGUUUUCUAUGUCAAGUUUUACACUGAAUGCACACUGUGAGCGUUUGUUCACUCCUUAGCAGAUUAGUCAGGAAGAAGAGUUGGAAAUGCUUUUGUCAUAAGUGUGUGCAGCCUUACCUGCAUGCAUUGUGCUUGUGACUCUCAUGUGCCUGCGGCAGUAGUGGCCCACUCUUACCCCCAAUACACCAUUUGCACAAUGCAGGGUUAGUCUGCCUGUCCCUCCCAAUUCAUGGCUUUGGCGUGUAUUUAAUAAUGACAGCAAAUCAAGCAAAGCACACCUUACAAAAUGGAAUGACCUCAACUUAUACAGCUGUCUGCAAAUUAUUCCAAGUACAAAAACAAAUUCUAUGCAUGAAGUUUAUUGUGGUACAAAAUAUGUACGGUAUACAAAUCUUUAUAGAGAUGUAUAUGAUAUCUGUAUAUAAAUAUAAUUAUUCAUAAUAUAUACUUUGUGAGAAUAAUGAUACUGUAAGUCUAUUAAUGUUUACAUCUUUCCUAAUACUGUACUUCAUAUGUAAGAGGUCAUAUGCUGCAUGACUGGCAUCAUUUGAGUAAACUGCUAAGGUGAUUUGAUAAGCAUAUAAUCACGUGGCUCUUAAAAGGUAGCAGAUUUAAGAGAGUCAUGUCUUUCAUCACUGUCUUGUUGUCUCCGCACAACAUCUUGUGGCAGUGUGUAAAGCACCUGCCAGUAGCAUCUUGUAUUCUAUUUUGUGCUGCUUUGGCCGUCAUGGCCGUUACAUGAGAUCAACAGAAAUCAUGUUUGAUUGAUUGUUUGCUUUAAAACAACCCUCAAAGCAUUCUGCCAAUCUUUAUCUUUGUUGUAAAUAGUGCAUGCCUUGGAACAUGUAUGUUUACGCACUAUGUUGCAUGUAAAGAUUUUGCAGAAUUAAUACAAGUCGAUGAAAUCAAAUAAAGUCAUUUCAUGUGUGGUGUUGAAACCAACAUCCUUCAAGGUUGCGAAGCCCCGUGUCAUGUGUAGUUAAGACUUGAGUUACAACUGAACUGAAUGAACAACUGUUAUUAUUGUGUAGUAAAAACUCGAAACACAUUUUUGAGGCGUUGACUGGGUACUCGAAGUAAUUUAUUUUAAAUCCAGUACACACUCAUUGAGUACUAGCAUGGGAUAGAUGAAUAUGCUGUAUAUGAAU